AUGAAUCCUGAAUACGAUUACUUGUUCAAGCUACUCCUCAUUGGUGACUCGGGUGUUGGCAAGUCUUGUUUGCUCCUUCGCUUUGCUGACGACACGUACACUGAGAGCUAUAUUUCAACCAUUGGUGUGGACUUUAAAAUCAGAACCAUUGAGCUUGAAGGAAAGACUGUCAAGUUGCAGAUUUGGGAUACGGCUGGUCAAGAACGUUUCCGCACCAUUACAUCAUCAUAUUAUCGGGGAGCUCAUGGCAUCAUUGUUGUCUACGAUGUCACAGACCAAGAUACUUUCAACAACGUGAAGCAAUGGAUGCAAGAAAUUGAUCGAUACGCAGCCGAAGGUGUCAACAAGUUGCUCGUUGGCAAUAAGAGUGAUAUGACUGACAAGAAGGUCGUUGAGACUGAUCAAGCAAAGGAAUUGUCAGAAUCGUUGAACAUACCCUUCUUAGAAACAUCAGCCAAGGAUUCCAGCAAUGUGGAACAAGCAUUUUUGACAAUGGCCAAGCAAAUCAAGGAUAGAAUGGGAACAACAAUGCAACAACAACAACCCAAAUCAACUGUCAAAGUCGGCCAAGGUGCAUCGGUGCAACCCAAGCAAUCCGGCGGAUGUUGCUAG